GCAUUUUCAUUUCUUGAACAAUAAGAAAACUCUGUUAUUCUCUCGCACUGCAUAUUUUCCCGGACAAAUCCCCAAUCCCUAAUUUCGCCAUGGGUCAGGGCACUCCCGGAGGCCUCAAUCGACAGCUCCCAGGCGACCGCAAGAACGACGGCGACAAGAAGGAGAAGAAAUUCGAGCCGGCUGCCCCGCCGGCUCGCGUCGGCCGCAAGCAGCGCAAGCAGAAGGGCCCAGAGGCGGCUGCACGGAUUCCCGCGGUGACGCCUCUGACCAAGUGUAAGCUUCGGCUACUGAAGCUGGAUAGAAUCAAGGACUAUCUGCUGAUGGAGGAGGAGUUUGUCGCCAAUCAGGAGCGGCUAAAGCCACAAGAGGAGAAGACGGAGGAGGAUCGCUCCAAGGUCGACGACCUGCGGGGCACCCCAAUGAGCGUUGGGAAUUUGGAGGAGCUGAUUGAUGAGAGCCACGCCAUCGUCUCGUCGUCGGUUGGACCGGAGUAUUACGUCAGUAUAUUGUCGUUCGUCGAUAAGGAUCAGCUGGAGCCCGGAUGCGCCAUUCUGAUGCACAAUAAGGUUCUUUCUGUUGUUGGACUUCUUCAAGAUGAUGUGGACCCCAUGGUAUCUGUGAUGAAGGUCGAGAAGGCCCCUUUGGAGUCGUAUGCUGAUAUUGGUGGACUUGAUGCCCAGAUCCAGGAGAUCAAAGAGGCAGUUGAGCUUCCAUUAACACACCCUGAAUUAUAUGAAGAUAUUGGUAUUAAGCCUCCCAAGGGUGUUAUACUCUACGGAGAGCCGGGUACUGGGAAAACAUUACUUGCAAAGGCUGUCGCGAAUUCUACUUCUGCAACUUUCUUGCGUGUUGUUGGGAGUGAAUUAAUUCAAAAGUACCUGGGAGAUGGCCCUAAGUUGGUGAGAGAACUCUUUAGAGUCGCUGAUGACCUCUCACCAUCAAUUGUAUUCAUUGAUGAAAUUGAUGCUGUUGGUACAAAAAGGUAUGACGCCCACUCAGGUGGUGAACGUGAAAUUCAGAGGACUAUGUUGGAAUUGCUGAAUCAGUUAGAUGGCUUUGAUUCAAGAGGAGAUGUGAAAGUGAUUCUGGCGACAAAUAAAAUUGAAAGUCUUGACCCUGCCUUACUUAGGCCAGGUAGAAUAGAUCGAAAGAUUGAAUUCCCUUUACCAGAUAUCAAGACAAGAAGGCGGAUUUUCCAGAUUCACACAUCAAGGAUGACAUUAUCUGAUGAUGUGAACCUGGAAGAGUUUGUUAUGACAAAAGAUGAGUUUUCUGGAGCUGAUAUUAAGGCCAUAUGCACAGAAGCUGGUUUGCUUGCUUUGAGAGAACGUCGCAUGAAGGUGACGCAUGCAGACUUCAAGAAGGCAAAGGACAAGGUGAUGUUUAAGAAGAAAGAGGGUGUUCCUGAGGGGCUGUAUAUGUGAUGAAAAUCAAGUUGAGUUGGGAGUAGAUGUGUAUCGCUUGUUAAAUCUGCCAAGUUUAUUGUUGACUGUUGGUUCUUUCAAAGCUUUUUCGAAACUAGAUAUUACUGGUGAAUGUUUACACUCUACUAUAUCAAUGGCUAAGAUAUAUAUAGCCUUCCGUAA